AUGGAGACUUUGCAAACGUCGUCGUCGGGAUUACAAACGACGACAACGACUCUCGCGCGCGGUAAAGCGUGCCGUCCAAAGCAUCGUUCGUUGCAACAUCAUCGUCGCGGUCGUCUUCAACAACAACCAAAAAUCGUUCACAUCGUAAAAGCCGACAACGAUCAUUCGUCGUCGUCUUCCAGUUCGCACACAGAAGGAGAAAAAGAAGGAGGAGAGGAACAGGACGUUUUCGCGGAGACGAGGAGGGAAAACGCGGAUAGUGCCUCGACAUCCGAAAUAGAAGAAGAAGAAGAAUCAACAGAAAAUACGAACAACAAAAAGAAACUUUGGGAGUGUUCGCAGUGCUUUGGAAACCAAAGCGUGUUAGUCUCUCAGUUGCGAGAUGUCUCGGAGGUUUUAGCGGACGGAUUUGGGAAACCAGCGGACGACUUACUCAACGGUUUGAUGCAAAAAACAAGAUGGAGCGCGGGGAAUUUCGCGUGCGUCAUCGCUCGACCGCGCGGCUCGCAACCGUACAAACCGUCCAAACGCUUGACCACGAAAAGCGUGCGCAGAAAAGGAGCGACGGCGGCGGCGGCGCAGGCUUCUUCGGCGAAUAAAGACAAGAAAAUGUUUCGAGACGGUAACGACAUAGUCGGUGCGUGUGACUUGACUCUCUUGCCUGCGUUUGGUCCGAAAGCUUCCAGAGAGUCGCGCGUGAAAAACGGGGUAAAGUUACUCCGACUCUCCAACGAGAGUAACUUUUUAUACUUGACUGGAAUGACGACGCGUUCGGCCAAUCGCAGAAUGGGCGUCGGUAAAGCACUGCUGGAAGAGUGCGACGUCAUCGCGCAAAAGAUGGAAAAGAGUCGACCAAAAUGCAUAGCUCUGCACGUUGCGAAAAAUAACGCCAACGCUAUCGGUCUUUACGAGAGUUGUGGCUAUAGAAUCGUUUCCGAAUCAACAAUGACAACGACAACGACAACAACAACAACAAAUGAUGGUAGUGGAGGAGAGAGGAGUAGUACGGGUAGUAGCGGGAGUAGUGGUAAAAACGACGAGAGCGGCGUGCCGCCGACGACGAGUCCUUCCUCUUUGGGCGAUAAGUUUAUGCAGUUUGCGAAUAAAUUUGGCGGCGGCGGCGGCAACGGUGGUGGUGGUGGUGGUGAAGAGGAAGUCCAUUUCAUGGUCAAAUGGAUACGACGAGACGUGAUCGAUGAGAAAGUGAAACGAAUGGACGAAACCGGAGUGUUGAAGGAGAUACCGACCUUGUGA